AUGUAUUUUAGCGUUUUAAGUAAACGUAUAAAUGGAUUGUGGGGAAAACGUUUGAACAAUUUAUGGGGAAAACGAUCUGAUAGUGAUAGUGACGAAAUGCACCAAUAUGUUCUUCAAGAACUCUAUGAUCAAGCACGUCGUAAUCAAUUUGCACAUCCUCGAUUUUCAGCUUACAAUGAUUUAAGUCCUCUUACUAUUGAAAAAUUAAUGGCACAGCGUAUACAAUCGAAUGAUGACAAUGAAAACGCAGCGGACAAUAUGUCAUAA